AUGCCCAAGUCAAGAGAAAUGCCAAUAAUGCUCAUUGACACACAGGGUCUUCACACGCCACUGUCAUUUCUUCUGCUCUCCAUCUUCCUGGGAAGUCUGUAUUUGGUGCUUUUUAUAGCAUUUCUCAUGCUGUGUUUAUGCAAACCCAAACGUGAACAAUUUAUUGUACCAGGGCUACUUUUUCAGGGCCCCAAUUUAUUAAAUUCACGUGCCUCCUCACUGUCAUCAGCUUUAACAGAGGCUGCGAAAUCGUCAACGUCAGCAUUGAUGGUGGAAGAUCCUAGUCUCUACGCCUCACCCACCCGCGAGAACUCAAGAGCCAUUCAUUCUCCAUGUCGUCUUCCUGCCACUGAUAGCAUUCCGACCACAAGAAAAAUACUUAUUUUCCUCUAUGUCUGCUUUCGCGCAUUUACGAUAUUUCUCUUUACAUUCAGUGUAGGGCUAUCAGUGCUGCUAAGCAUUGAAUCAGAGUCGUUUAAAACACUAGUCUCAUGUGUGCAGAAUGCAAAGAGUGACAGAAUUAGAGAGUUAGUAAGUCAAGAGGCAAUACGGCGGACGUUUUCUGCGCAAAAUUCUCGAAGAAUUGCAUCUCCAUGGUUAAAAGAACUUCGACAGAUAGAGAAAGCCUCCGAUAUAGAACUGUCUAGCCAGACAACAAACUUUAUCCGACAGACAUCAGCAUGUGAAAUGCAAGAGUUGCGCGUCUCAGGCGAGGUGGGACUUUCGAUGGCUGAAGUUGCCAGUCUCGUCUCGGCGAGGACUGAUAUGAAUAUAUCUGGAAAUAAACUGUCACAAAACGAUCCUCAAAAUUUUGUUCAUUACAUAGCUAUUGCAAAUAUAACGUGGGAUUACCUAGAAAGUGAAUAUUGGAGUCCCCAUAACAUUUCCAUUCAACGCUAUAUGGAAGAUACAAGGGGCCUUCUUGACAAUCAAAUGGUUCAACACUGGUCCCCAUAUACACUCUUGCUGGAGCGAAUGCUGGACAAUCCCUGGUUGGCGACUGCACGCAGAGCCAUGAAUGCUACAAAUGAUGCACUUCAGAGCCCUGAAAUUGUUCGCUUUAGUGUACGUUCGCCUUCAGUACCCGAAUAUUUUGCCGGACUAACUCCAGCUGAUCCACAAGAAGUUGAAGCCCUCACUUUUUCAGGAUUCCUUGGGAUUCCACAACCCGCCAAUGCUCGUUACGCCGAAGCUCGAAUGUGGAAUAGCCUUCGACAAAAUGUUCACACACUAAAACUCCUCCGAUACUUUGAGAACGUAAAGAACACGGAAUCGUCAGUAUUCACGGCCCAAGUUUUUGGACUUUCACAAUCUCCAGAUCCUUUCAAAUAUUAUACUUAUGGUGAAAACUUUACAACAGAUGAUUUGGAUAGUCUAUCAUCUGAUUUGGCAGCAAGUAUAUUACGGGAUCAAGUGAACCAACGCAGCUUAACAGCCAUUUUAGCAACUGGAAACAAAAAUAAAGUUUCCUCUCUGCGUGAAUGGAUAAAUGUAGCUUAUUUACGAGUCUUUCUACUGGUUCUGGAUGCCUAUCUAAUUGUAUCCCGAUUUUACUCCGCAUGCUGUAAUUUCUGUGCUCUUUGGCUUGGUAAACGUCGACGGGUGUACCACAGCACACAUCAAAAGUUGAACGCUCCAAAGAAAAGGCAGACUCUAAAUGAGCAUCCUAAUGACGCCCUCUUAUUAACGAGCAGUGAAAUAGAGCAACCGAAUUUACCUAAUGAAACCGACCUAUCUGCAUGUCCAACGACGUGCCCAGCUGAAAACAAUGCUCAGAAUAAUAUUUCACCACAUCAGCCGCCACCCUUUGACGAAGCGGGCAAUCAGAGCAUAAAUGCUUUCUCAGACCACACGGACUCCCAAUAUGUUCGUGCUGGCAAUAGCACGCAUGCUUCUGCCACUGUUCCGCACCAUACGAUCACUGCAACUGAGUUGAGCAACGAUCCUGAGGCGGCCGAUUUCACUGAAUUCAAUCGCCGAAGAAGUCUUCCGGCUUGCUGCUGCUGUCUUGAUUUCCACUACUUGCUCAUUCUCUUUGGCAUUUGCCUUAUGAUUGUCGGUUUCGUAAUUAGCAGUGGUGCUGGAAAGGGGCUGGUUAAUAGCUGGCUAUUGAAGAGGAGCGCGCUUCUUUCACGAGUAGAAGCAAUGGAUGAUUAUAGACGUCAUAUGCGAGCGAUGGUCCAUUAUGUCCAGUUGAACUAUCUCAAUUCUCAGCGACUUCUCCUAGAACGCAACAAGUCUGCAAGGCAACUUAGGAGGCUGCAAAGAAUCCAACACUGGUUAUAUUAUGAGAAGGAGUAUAUACUGAGGCGAAAUCUUUAUGAAGUUUGUGCACUCUCCGAGUCAAAAGGUCGAAACCGACAAAGUUUUUACGUUUUGGAUAGCUCCAUCUGUCACCGGAUAAGGCAAGACCAACAACGACGACAACAUUCCCCAUAUUCCAGUAUGGCUUCGCGUAAGCUACAAAAGAGCACGACGUCUUUUAUGUCUUCCCAGGAUCAACUCAAACUCCCGUUUUGCACACUUCUGCCUGUACAGUCUACAGAUGCUGUCAACUCCAGCCUCAGCACACGGGAAAGACAUACGAUAUUAGGGACGGAGAAAUCAACAAGCGUACUAUCGGAACAGGAACUACGCCAGCUUCAUCAAAUGUUUUUUAAAAACUCCGCUUUUGCUGCUUUUCUCACAAGUCUUUAUCGCCUCCUCUUUACAACCCUACUUCUCUCAAUGUGCAUCUGCUGGUUGCUUGCCUGCAAGCACUUGAUUAUGCAGAUGGCGACCCGCACUGUGGCUGUUGUUACUAGCAGGGUGACGGUGAUCUCACCCUGUCCUCCGGGGGUGCGUCGAAUCGAAACUUUCAUCUCUUCUCCGAACAGUUCCCUUUCCUUCCACCGCCCUGUUGUUGAAGGUAUCGCUCCAACUCGACUUAACAUAUGGCACUUCGAUGAUGAUCCCUCAAAAGAUUUCCAGAACCCCCACUACCUUCCAGCUCCAGAUCUUCCUCCACAUGUGCCCAAACACUCAGCUUCUCAUUCGCUUAUGUCGUCAGUAUCCCGCAAGAAAUCAAAAAAGCAUUUUCACUUCAAAGGAAAAUUGAUCCAGGCAAAAACCCAAACUGAUUCUACAGAAUCGCAGGUGUAG